ACCCAACACCGAAGCCCAAAUCUAAAGCUAUAAAUCACCCGGACGCUUUACAUAACCCAGGAUUUUCCUUUAAUGAUGCAGUCAAACAGCCUGCCCUUAAAUUCUGACUUAAUCUCUGCUACUGUCCGUUUGCUCCCUCCAUGUCCAUCUGAAUCGCGGAGCUGGAAAAAAGAUGUUUGAAUCUCGUUACACAGAUGUGCGGGCUUUCACUCAAACAUCCGCGUCAUCCUCAUUUUCAUAUUGAGCUGAUGACACACGGAAACAAACACCGGGGGUUAGGGGGAUGGGGUGGAACGUACAAGGCAUUGACUUUGCACUGGAUUUAUUCCAAGCAUCUAUAUUUAGUGGUAAUCCAGAUAAAGCUUUAAUUCCGCAGGACCUCGUUGCGCAAUGUUAGCCGGUGAGCAGAUAAGCGACGCUUUCAGACGUGCCACUCUCCCUUCAUUCGUCAUACUGGUUGAAAAAAAUUCAGGCAGGUACCUGUGGACUAUGGACCUAAAUGUUGCCAAAUAGGGACAUGUAUCUGCAUACUGUAUGCAUUACUAGCCUGACUAUUAGCAGAAGUUCUGCAAACUCGGUGCUGUAUUGCUAUCUCUUAAGUUAUACAAUGUCUUCCUCGAUGAGCUAUUAGCACAGAAUGUCAUAACGUCACAAUCAAUGCAGCUUUAACCGCUCACUCUUUUCUGGUUUGUUUACUCCCACCUUUGCCAUUCAUAUUCUCGAGUUUCCAGCCGAGUCUGAGGCUUCAUAAACACUAUUUCUGGUCCCAAAAGCAACACAAACAAAACAUGAAUAAUAUAUAAUGUUCCAUUAUGCACAUCCUCAUCCAAUUUGGGAAAUGCUAAAACAGCACAGCUUUCUCUUCAAUCUCCACCAGGAACCUGUCUGCCUAGGUGUUCCCCCAUCACUUUCAUAUAGAUCACAUUUUCUCAUACCUGUAUAUUGUGCAUAAAAAAUCCCUGCAAAAGACAUUCAUUCAGGUUGAGGCUUUUAUUUGUACAAAAACAUUUUUAUAUUUCUUAAAGCCAUUACAAUCUAAGUAGAGCAGGUUUUGUAGUUAAGAAGUUUUUUGCGACACAUGGUGGGCAGCCAUAGUAAUGUUACUUAAAAAAAAAAAAAAAAAAAAUUAAAAGGUAUCUCUUUGGGCGGCACGAUGGUAAAGUGGUUAGCAUGUCCACCUCACAGUUCUGAGAUCAAGGGUUAAAUCCCGGGCUCCGGCCUUUCUGUGUGGAGUUUGCAUGUUCUCCCUAUGCUUGCGUGGGUUUUCUCCGGGUACUCCUGUUUCCCCCCCACAAAAAUAUGUAUGGUAGGCUGAUCGAACACUCUUAAAAAUUGGCACUGUGAGUGUGUGCGCGAAUGGUUGUUCGUCUCCUUGUGCCCUGUGAUUGGCUGGCAAACGAUUCAGGGUGUACACCGCAUCCUAGGGAUGCAAUGAUACAGUUAAGUCAGGUUCGGUACGAUUUCGAUAUGAGGGACACGAUAUUCGAUUCGAUUCAAUACAUUUAAUGUUCUGAAACAAAAAAUACAGGUGUUAUUUAUUUACUUAUUUAUCUUAAGGCUGUCAAACGAUUAAAAUUUUUAAUCGAGUUAAUCACAGCUUAAAAAUUAAUCGUAAUUGAUCGGAAUUCAAACCAUCUGUAAAAUAUGCCAUAUUUUUCUGUAAAUUAUUGUUGGAAUGGAAAGAUAAGACUGAUAUAUACAUUCAACAUACUGUACAUAAGUACUGUAUUUGUUUAUUAUAACAAUAAAUCAACAAGAUGGCAUUAACAUUAUUAACAUUCUGUUAAAGCGAUCCAUGGAUAGAAAGACUUGUAGUUCUUAAAAUAUAAAUGUUACUACAAGUUAUAGAAAUUUAUAUUAAAACCCCUCCUAAUGUUUUUGUUUUAAUAAAGUUUGUAAAAUUUUCAAUCAAAAAUAAACUAGUAGCUCGCCAUUGUUGAUGUCAAUAAUAACUAUGGUGCUGAAACCCAUAAAAUCAGUCACACUCAAGCGCCAGCAGAGGACGGCAAAACACCAAAAAACACAAGUAACAAGUGGAAAUGAGACUUUGCUGUACAUUUAAUCUGUUUGAGCGGGGCAUGUGCGUUAAAUGUGUCAAAUAUUUUAACUUGAUUAAUUAAAAAAAAUAAUUAACGUCCGGAACGUGAUAAUUUUGACAGCCCUAAUUUAUUCAUUUUAUUUUGCUAACAAGCAAAAAUAACAAUGCCAUCAUAUAAACAUGCAUUUUAGUGCAUGAUAUUUAUGUGCUUGCUUCUUACUGAUCUGAAGAAAUUUUGUAUAAAAGUGCUGUUUGUAAAGUGAAGAAGAGCACACUGUUGAUUGCUACAGCUCUCUUAGCAGCUAGGUUUACCACAUGACCAAAAUAUCCUAUUUGUGGUAUGAGUCCAUCUGUGUCACGUACUGAAUUAGCAUUAUCUAUAGUCACUGACAUGGAUUGAUUUGGCCUUCUUAACUUCCAUUCAUUCACGGCGGUUUUUAAUCCAUCAAUGUAGUGAGGAGACUACGUGCCCAAUGAUCACUCUGGGCUCACGCAGCAAAUGGCACGGGAUCUAACGUAGCACAUCUAGGUUGCUAUUUGAUGAUAUCUAGUGCGUGCGCGAGUGUUGUCGGAACAUUAAAAAAAGUUAACAAACACCACAUUAUGCACAACACGAGCAUAUGACAAUUGACUUUCAUAAACAGGACGAGUUUGAAGUACAGCACUCUUAAUUUGCCACUCAUUGUACAGCGGAUCUGUACGACAUUGAAGCCACCGCCUUAAGCUUUUGUCUUUCCUCCCUAGCAAUGAUCCUCGUGCGCCAUUAAAAAAAAAAGCAGCUCCCGCCCAGUUUUGGGGUGGAGGGGAGGGGGGUUCUUUCUUUCUUUUUUUUUUUUUUCAGGGUAAAGUGGACAGCUUGGCCUGCGCGCUUUUCAGCAGGAGCAAAAAAAAAACAGUUCGGAAAAUACAUUUUGGGAGCUUUUUAUGGAUCGAAUGUUUUUGCGUAUUGAAUCGAAGAGGGUGUAAUGAACGGUUCAAUAUAUAACCCAUAAUUAGCUGGGAUUGGCUCCAGCACCCCCGUGACCCUAGUGAGGAUAAGUAGCUCGAAAAAUGAAUGAAUGAAUGAAUGAAAAAAAGGUAUCUCUUUGAAGUGUGGUGUUCAUUCAAUUUGAUGAUGCACCAGUGGUUAAUUGGGGCAUGCCUCCCCAACCAUGUAAAACCAUCAAAAGUAUUAGGUUUCUAUAUACAGUACUUUGAUAAGAAGACUUCCAUGCAUAUUUACUAAACACCACAUCCCACAUGAAAAUAAAGUCAAACUCCUCCAAUAGCAUCAUUUAUUUCUUGAUAUACUACUAAAACAUAAGCUUUACAGGUGCAUUGCCUGGUCUUUGGCUAGUAUUUGUAUUUAAAUACUUUACUGUGUAAAAGCUUCUGCUUUGACGCAUUCUAGCAUCAGUCAUGUUAAGGGGAUGGACGGUGUCUCUUUAGAGUGCAGUUUGUUUUAUCCAGUUGGGCAAUGCACAUUGUGUUCAACUGGGACAUGAUGUCUAGUAGAGGGGAGGAAAUUGACAACACUGAAGGCAAUUCAGAUAAGCAGCAUAUAAACCUGCUGAUAGUGGAUACAGUACUGCAUUGGAGUCAACAGCUUUAUGAAAUAUACUGCAAUAAAUAACUGUUAUAGAGGGAGGGAGGGAGAGACUUUGUCACUCCUUUUAAUCUGACAUAAUGCACAAUUUGAGAUGUAAAAAGUACUCGGAGGCAGUUUUUUUCUCUCUGACCUUCCUCCUCGGGACAAUACAUUCUAAUAAAACUUGUAACCGCAGCUGUUGCCUGGCAACGUGUCAAGAACCUACAAUUUUAAUGUUACUGUUGGGUUUUGUGAUGUUUGGGACCUGACCUGGGCGCAUAUUUUACGUUGGGAAAGAGCUCAAGGCACAAUAUCAAACAAAUAUAACAAAAAGUACUGUAAACUGAAAUAAUGAUGCUCCUUUCUGAGUUUCCUCAGUAGUCGUGUUUUCAUGAAGCCUUGCAUUUUGCCUGGAAUCAAACAGAAUUAAUCACGUCUCGACAUUUUGGAAUCCAAUCAAGAAUUACGGGAAAAUUGCCACAAAGUCAACCCUGACAAUUGAGUUCACACUGUUUAAGGGAUACUGAUUAAACCAACAUUAUGAACCUUUUAAGCAAGUUUUACUUAGAUCAUUAAGUAGGCUUGCAUUAUAUGAUCUUUUUUUUUUUCUUCCCCUGGAGCACUACUUGGCAAUACAACAAAGUACUUCAACCAACAGCAGACUUCUCGCUGACAUUGAUACACACAAAUCACUAGCAUACACAGCAUAUAUAAAUAUGAUGAGAUAAUACCGGUUAGCUAUUGCCAAGCUGCUAUAGUGAGUUGUCUUCAUAUAGGCCCCACACUUCCCACACCCUGCUGAGCGUUCCGUGCAACAUUAUCCCAUGGCGGAGCACUAGAUGUUAUUGCACCGUCCUGCUCAAACAAGCUCCUUGCUUGACCUGUUUUCAUUCGGUGCGUGUUCGCCGCCUCCAGAUGGAAACACGUCUGACUGUCUCUCCAUCCGUAGUUUGCUUGGAGAUCUUUGAUGGCCAAUUGUUUCUUCCAAAUACUAUAGAAACUAUGUUUUAAUAUUUGUUAUGGUACACCAGCAUCAAUAGAGAAAAAAUAAUGCGAAAUGAAUGGUAUCAACAAUUAAACAAAGUUUUUGUCUCUUAACGGAUUUUUAAAAUGUAAGAGGCCAUUUGCAUCAUGAGGAAAUAAAUAGCCACGAGCUGCUUUUAUCAUGUGUUGUGUGCGAGAACUUAAAAUAGGACAAACUGUAUAAAGACAUCGCUAGUGUCAAUCGUGAAUCUUCUUGCUGAUUACAUUUGUCACCCAACUGUUUUCCUAGCAGAUCGUGGAGAAAGAAUCUCUCAACACACGACUGGGUAAUUCCUCAAAAUAAUCUAUAACACAUCCAACAAUGAUCCCUUUGCUACUUUGCAAGUGGUGGACUAUACUCAGAUUAAGGCUGAAAGACCAUAUCCUUUUGUGGCACAUAAUUUUUGCUGAAAACUGCAAAUUGUAAAACAUUUUGGGUCUUCGAUCACUGGAACUAAUUUUUAAUUUCUAACACUAAUAAACUAAAUUCAUUUUAGGAUGAAAUUGUUGUCUGAUUUGGAUUCAUGGAGUAAAAAGGACUCGCCGCAGAUAUGCAUGUCAAGUUCUUUUUCCUGGAAAGACAUUGAAGGGGGGCAAAAUAACACUGGGCUUCUGUUUUAAGAGCUCUUGCUCUCAGCGUGUCAGUGGGUGUCUUUCUGAAAAUAGACUUGUCGCUGUGAGCGCUUGUAACAAAGGGCCAUGACACUGAUGUAGUGGGUGGCGGGUAAGAUCAGCAGACCCUUGGAAAAAAAAAAAAGAACCUCUCAGCUGAGUUACUCUGCCCACAGUAAAUCUAGAGAAGCUCGGCUGUGCCCUCACGUUGUCUGGGUCCAAAGUGGUCCCAUGACGGCGUAACACAAGAAAGAGCCCUUUAUAUGAUUCGGCAUUGACGUUCCAGAGUAAAGAACCAACUUGCUGUGGGGUUAUGUUUUAGUAGCAUAGGUUUUGUUGCUUAUUGUUUUAAGGAGGCAUAUUUAUGAAAAUAUCAGAACAGUGAUUCUUGUUGGGCUAAUAUUAGGGUUAUAUCUAAAAGUCAAUAGGGUUAAUCAGUGAUUUUAUAUUGGGACCAUAUUAACUAGCCCUGCACUAAUUGGCUAAUGUGUGAAAAGUUGCGGGUUUUGGGGCAAUCGUACAAAUUUACAGGCCUUACAUAACUCUUCUUACAGCAUUCUCUUCAAUACAGAGAAAAACAAUCAUAAUAAUGAGUAAUUUUGGGGGGAAACUAAUGACAGAAUAAAAAAAUCCUCUCCUGAGACGAGUGGCUACAAAUGAUCAGUGAUUAAUACAGUGAUGAUUGCAAAAAACAAGAACUGUGAAAAUUAAGAAAGUUAAAAAGAAAUCCUUUAACAUGAUACCAAUCAGCUGAAAACAAUAGGAUCUACCAUGAUUUUUGUUUAUCAUAGGAUCAACACCAUUCAGAAAUUUGGGAGUUCCAACUGUUCUUUUCUCCAGCUGUUUUGACAUAAGCUGUUUAUACGCUACAUUCACUCACUUGCAUUAACAAGUCAGGACAAGAAAUAUGGUGUGUAAAGUAUAGCAGAAUUUUUUGGGGGGGAGGGGGGGAUUUUGAUGAAUGAUGUCACCACAAAAAAAAAACACCUAUAGUUCUCUUUUGAAAUUUUUGCCAAGCCCAUUACAGUACUAUUCUGCUUUUUCUAUCAGGUUCAAUCUUUUGGGUUAGGUCGACAUCUCUGCUGCCUGGUUUGCAUGUGUUCGCAUCCUGUGUGGCUGGCGUAGAUGUUUCCUGUCUUCCUGUUUCUGUCACAUCCACCUGGGCUCCUGCUGGGUCUAGACAGCCAUCUGUCACAUGCAUGCAUUGAAAAAUACCUGAAAUAGCUUUUGUAUGACAAGCAUUGUCACCCAAAAAACAGACAGUUAUCGCUCUUUUACGGUGGUGUAUUGUUCGAAUGGCAAUAAUGUAACUCCAAUUUGUAUCAUCAUCAUGUACCCCCAUUAUGUAUCGUCAUUCUAUUAUCAUCGUAUGACCACAUUUUUAACUCAAUUCCUGUCACUGUGGGAUUAUAUAACUUGACUACUCACUACUUGCCUUGCCUAUACUGUACAUUCACCUGUACAUUCCAGCCACUGAUGGCAACCGUCUAUUUUGCAUUAAAAAAAAAAAAAAAAAGAUUUAGUCACUCGUCCUCCAAUCAGUGCAUUAGCUCCACCGCUUCCCGCUCCGCUCUCUCAGCCGAGCCCUCCCUUCAUGUUUAUGUAUCCCUACAGCCGGCCCACAUAAGUGCUGCUGUCUAAUCGGGGCAUCCGCAUGCAGGGGUGGAGGGUGUUGAUGACAUCACGGGGCUAGCCACUACCCUCCAGCAGCGGGGAUCUUCAUUUUUUGCUCUGAGCGUCUGUGCUAAAAUGGAGACCAGCUCCUAGCAUUGGUAGCACUGGACUGCCUUCCUUCUGCUCUCCUGCUGCACCUCACUCAUGUCGGCAUGCGCUAAAGCAGCCGGCGGGAUGUUUCUGGAUGUGCCUGGCUCCAAUGGGCCUCACCAGCCUGUGGCCCUCUUGCAUUUUAGAGAUGUGCCCCCCACUGAGCAAGAAAAGCUCUUCAUCCAGAAGCUUCGGCAGUGCUGCGUCCUUUUUGACUUUGUGUCGGACCCGUUGAGCGACCUGAAAUGGAAAGAGGUGAAGCGGGCAGCACUGAGCGAGAUGGUGGAGUACAUAACUCAUAACAGGAACGUGAUCACUGAGCCCAUCUACCCCGAAGUGGUCCACGUGUUUUCCGUGAAUAUGUUCAGGACAUUGCCGCCAUCAUCUAAUCCAACUGGCGCAGAGUUUGACCCCGAGGAAGACGAGCCCACACUUGAGGCUGCUUGGCCACAUCUUCAGCUUGUCUAUGAAUUCUUUCUGCGCUUCUUGGAGUCGACUGACUUUCAACCAAACAUAGCCAAAAAGUACAUUGACCAGAAGUUUGUAAUGCAGCUCCUAGAACUGUUUGACAGUGAAGACCCCAGGGAAAGAGACUUUUUAAAGACUACACUGCAUCGCAUCUAUGGCAAGUUCCUGGGGCUGCGAGCGUACAUUAGGAAACAAAUAAAUAACAUAUUUUAUAGAUUCAUAUAUGAAACUGAACACCAUAAUGGAAUUGCUGAACUAUUGGAAAUAUUAGGCAGUAUAAUCAAUGGAUUUGCGUUACCGUUGAAAGAAGAACACAAAAUAUUCUUGUUGAAAGUUCUCUUGCCGUUACACAAAGUUAAAUCAUUGAGCGUUUACCACCCGCAGCUGGCCUACUGUGUGGUACAGUUUUUAGAAAAGGACAGCACACUUACAGAACCGACUGUAAUGGCUCUGUUGAAAUACUGGCCGAAGACACACAGCCCUAAAGAGGUGAUGUUCCUCAAUGAGCUGGAGGAGAUCCUGGAUGUCAUUGAACCCUCAGAGUUCGUCAAAGUUAUGGAGCCACUCUUCAGGCAACUUGCCAAAUGCGUCUCAAGUCCACAUUUUCAGGUAGCUGAGCGAGCACUGUACUACUGGAACAACGAGUACAUCAUGAGCCUGAUCAGCGACAAUGCUGCCAAGAUUCUGCCCAUUAUGUUCCCUGCACUCUACCGGAACUCCAAGACCCACUGGAACAAAACCAUCCAUGGUUUGAUUUACAAUGCAUUGAAGCUUUUCAUGGAGAUGAACCAAAAGCUGUUUGAUGACUGUACGCAGCAGUUCAGGGCGGAGAAAAGCAAAGAGAAAGCUAAAUGGAAGGAGCGAGAAGAAGCCUGGAUCAAGAUUGAGAAUCUAGCCAAGUCUAACCCCCAGUUUCUGACAUACACUGAACCCAUUGGUCCUCUUGGGCCGACGGACAUGGAGACCGAUGGGCCGUUACUAGAUGAUGUUCGCCUGCUGAAGAAAACGGUGACUGAGGAGGCCACACAGCUACAGAAAGACCACCGACGAGAGCGGCCGCUGAUGCGGAGGAAAUCAGAACUCCCCAAAGACAUCUCCACCGUCACAGCCCUGGAACUGCACCGGAGAGCCGAGGAGAUGUUAACCACGCACGAUGGCCACUAACGGGGCAAAAAUCCUGCCGUCUCUCGGCCCGGCCCAGCACAAUGCAUCCGUUCAAUCCCGCACUUCCCCACUCCUUGCACGGACCCAGCACGCUUCCGUGCUGGGUCAUCAUCACCCAUCACUACCUCCCUUACUCAUGUUCUCUCUUCUUGUCGACGUUUUUUUUCCUGGGGUUCUGUGCUACCCCCUUGUGGUCAUAUCUCGCCAGCGUUCUGUUCCAUACGUCUCUUUCUAGAUAUCAGGUGCUUUUACAAAAAUCCCUAAAAACAAUAAAAACAGGUGUUGUCCAGUAUGACGUAAGAAACGCAUCAAACGGAGGCAAGUCUUCAACAUAGUUUUUGAAGUAUUUAGGGGGACGGUUAUGCCUCCUUCUUUCCUGAGUUAUGUUCUGAAAAACAAUCUUUAUUUUUUAGGAGAAGCAAGUUGUUAAGCUCAAAAUUCCUUACAGACUUUGCUCCGUGACGUCGCAAUCCACUUCAUUGUCUGUGCUUCUUCCCGCUCAUGACCCCUCAUGCCCGUCUUUUGCUCAGACCCCGCAGGUAGGGACGACACUGCUUCACACAGGAGGUAUGUUUGUUUACGUUAUUUCUAGAAGAGCUCAAAUGCGCCUUUUUUGUUUUCUUUAUCGCAGUGCCUUUUGAAAAAGGGGGACAUUUGAUCAAGUAGAAAAUUAAAUUGAAAGUCCUCAAAGCACACGCCUUGCUUAAAAGCUCCCCUGCCCGACCCCUUCCCCCAAAAGCCAGGGGUCUCGUUAGAGGUGGGGGAGCCACUUGAAUGAACGAAGCACUUCCUGAUUACACUUGAACGUUUAAAACAAACUCUUUUAAGAGAAAUGUCAUGUCUCGCCCAUCGUCCAUUUUUACAAGAAACCUCUUUUUUUUUUUUUUUUUUUUGAUAACCCCAACCAUCCUGCCCCUGACCCACCCACCCACACCUAAGCACCCGCCGCCCUACCAGCACCCCUAACCAUUAAACUGAAUGUGCAAACUGUAAAUAUGAGCGACCAUCAUCAGUAUUGUCUGGAUGCUGGAUGCUUUCCCUCUGGAAAAAGGCUUUAAUAACGACUCCUUUUUGGAGGCUCUCCUGGUUCCAUAUAAGCUUUGUUGUCUUUACAGAAUGACUUUUCAAAUUUCAAGUGUCUUUUAAGUAUACGUCUCAUACUAAACUUGUUGUAUAUAAUGAUAUACUAUUAUUUUAUGUUACAAAUAAAUGUUUAGAAUUCAUAUUUUGUACAAAAUGUCCUCUUCACUCACCGACGUGUACAGAAAACAAAGGAAAUAGUCAGUUCAUGGUGAAACGUUUAGAAGCCCUAUAGAUUUUUUUUUUUUAAUUGUUUAUUUUUGUCUCCAACAUGUGUUGAGAUCCCAAGUACAUAAGCUUUUUCUUUGUGUGCGUGUGCUUUUAUCCAAACCUUCAGUGAUGUAAAUCUAUUUACAGGGAAUAAAGAGAACAUGUGAGUUUUAUAUUUUCAUCCAAGAAAAAAAAUGUGUUAGUCUAUUUUUUUAUUUUUUGCAUUUGUUUUUCACAGAUCUUUCCCUCCACAGAAAUACUGGAUACAGGGGGGGAAAUAAGAUACUUUGCUGCCCCCUGCUGCUUAGUGCAUUGUCCAGUUAUUUCCGUUUUAUGGCCCUCGGAAUCGGGGUCGUCACUCAGCAUUGAAAGAUUACUCGCCUUCGCCUUGUACUCUUUCUUAAUGUUAUCAAUCAUUAUAUUAAUCAUGCUUUUAUUAUAUCACAUUGAUUUUUAGCAUGAUGUGUUAUCAUUUUCAUCAAAAUUCAUAAUUUAAUGAUACAUGAUCAAACAUAACAAUGAAAAGUCAUAAAGCACAGGCUUUGUUGCAAGCAACGCUAUGACUCACAUUUCACAUACAGGUGGAACAACACAUAAAAAUACAAAUCCCAACAGUCAAACCAGGAAGUAAAGUGCCAGUCCAGAACUGCUAUGACAUUUUGGCAGAACACAGGUUUUAAAACUUAACUUUAGCCGUAAGUAAUGCAAAAUCACCAUUCCUAUUUUCUCAUGCAGCCAGACAAACACAUCAUGUCAACAGCCCAACCAAACAGAUUUCAGCAUGUACAGUGGUCUGAAAAAGUAUCUGAACCUUUUGAAAUUUUUUACAUUUCUG